AUGGGUGAAGAUUUGGAGCAUUGUCCAUCACGAGCACAUUCCCAUCCAACAACAACUCAUCAGAAUCAGUUACCACAUACUAAAGUCACCACAGUUCCACGACCAUCCCCGGCCCAUACAACAUCCUCUACCAUACCGCAUCGUAAUACCGCUGCUUCAACGUCAAACCCAACUGAAAUCGGUAAUUCAUCGUCAUCAUCUAGUGCGGGUAGUUCACCGGUUAAUGAUGAAUUCAAUCAUACUAAUUAUGGAUCGCUGCAUCAAACGAACCGCUCAGGAAUGCAUGGAAUGAGCGAGUGGGAUUGGACGAGUAUGUCUGAGCAUAAUUUCGCUGAACUUUGUGUAUUUCAUGUGCCCGACAAGCCUGCAGAGCAUCAGGACCCAAACAAUCGUUCGGCAACCUCAUUACCAUUGAACCUCACCAUUCGUUCUUCACAAGAAAUCUCGAAGAGAAUGGGCGUUUGGAGUAUGGAUUAUAUACCGCGUGGAGUGCGGUUUGGACCCUUGAUUGGUGAAUAUCGUAAGCCAGAUAUCACAGAAGCUACCGUAUGCCCUGCGGAAGCUAGUGGUGCAGGCGUGCCAUCUGGUGGGCAUGCCCAUAUGAGUGGAUUGGGAAACGCCCAGUCGGAAUCAACUACGUUUCAACGUGACUAUAUUUGGAAGGUGUUCAGCAGUAGUGGAAGCAUACUUGUAAAAAUGAUCGAUGUCAAGAGUGACAGGAAGAGCAAUUGGAUGAAGUACGUGAAUCCAGCUAAAUCAAAGGAUUCUCAAAACCUGGUUGCUUGUCAGGUGGAAAAUGAGAUUUAUUUCUAUUCGGUUAAACCAAUCAAGCCGAAUACAGAAUUAUUAUAUUGGUACAGUCGCGAUUACGCACAACGAAUCAACUGUCCAGCGUCAUGUGAAUAUUGGACCACUUCUAAGACAAUGAGAUGUACUGAUGCACCAACUGGCUCAAACUCAAAUCGAAUGAAAACGGAUGAUGGAAAGCAACCAAUGUCACCACAAGAAGCGCUCGAUUUUUCACUUAAAAAACCACUCGAAGUUGGGUUGGAAACACCGAGAAAAAAUUUGGCCGAUGCAACAUCGCCAGUUCUAUCAUCUUCAGUCAGCGAUGUGACCCCUUUGUUGAGUGAUGAUUGUGCAUCCAGUAUUAACUCGUCAUCCUCAACGCUCGCCUUCGAAUCGUCUCCGACAUCACCACCGCUUGCCGAUGAACCUAUCACACGGCCAAAUGUUAUUCAAAAUCCAGUACACCGACCAGUUCCCACUAAAUUGGCACAAUCAAGUUUGCCACAAAUAGCGCAGCCAAUAGCACAGCUACCAACUAAUCCUAUCAAUCCUUACAAUUCUCUACUACACGAAUUUUGGCGAAGAAGUUCCGCUUUAAGUGUAAAUGCUGGUGGAAUUUGGGUACCACCACAACCAAAUCAUGGCGUAGCAGCAACACCACAUCCUUCACGUCCACGUUCUCCGGGACAAGCAAGCGCAUGCUCACCAUCGCCAGCAUUCGCCGCAACAGCAAGUCCUCCUUUCGGAACAACCUUUACUACCUCACUCUACUCAUCCACAACACCUACAAAGCAGUCGUUCUUUGCCACCCAGCCUCAACCACUCCUUCCAAUCCAUAUCCAUCCACCUCCUAUUGCCACUUCACCAACCGCUUUUCAAGCAGCUGCAUCCACUACUUCUGUUUCAUCUAAUUCAGAUGAACCUUUAGGUGAUUUUUUUUCCAUAAAAACACUCACCUUCCAGUAUCUGCAGUCUCAAGUAAAUGGAAAAACACGGUAUGAGUGCAAAGAAUGCAGCAAGACAUUUGGACAACUCUCCAAUUUAAAAGUGCAUCUCAGAACACACACCGGUGAACGACCGUUCAAAUGCAAUGUCUGUCUCAAGGAAUUUACUCAAUUAGCACAUCUUCAAAAACAUCAUCUCGUUCAUACAGGUGAAAAGCCACAUCAAUGUGAAGUGUGUCAAAAACGUUUCAGCAGUACAUCAAAUUUGAAAACGCAUCUUCGUUUACACAAUGGACAAAAGCCAUAUCCAUGUGAUCUGUGCAGUGCCAAAUUCACACAAUUCGUUCAUCUUAAACUUCAUAAACGCUUACACACUAAUGAACGACCGUACAAUUGCUCAUGCUGUGGCAAGAAGUAUAUUUCGCCAUCUGGUUUAAGAACUCAUUGGAAGUCAACGUCGUGCCGUCCGGUUGGUUUGGAUAUUCAUGUGAUGGAAAUGGAAAGAGAUGAUGUGUCAGCGUUGCGUGAUGAGCAUUGUGUAACUAGUACAACACCUGUGUCACGAUAA